CCCCAGAUUUUUGCUGCUCACUUUCUCUUUUCUCAUCACAGUGAAGAGUAACCAAACGAAGUAACGAUGGUGACUCAACACGGCACCAAGUUCGCCGUCCAUAUCAUCACCAAUCACUUCGGCGAUCGAGUCGCUAAAGUGUGUGAAUGUCUUCUCCGUCGAGGGCCCCUAAACAGACAAAAUAUAAAGCGAUAUACUGAACUCUCCGAUGAACAAGUCAAGAACUCUUUACUCGUCUUAAUCCAGCAGAAUUGCGUUCAAGCUUUCAUUACCGAACAAUCAGGUGGUUUUGGAGAUGAGCCGAGGCUUAAUACACAGUAUGUGGCAUUGUUUGAUAAUAUUCUUCAUCGCGUGAGGUUUGCCAAGUUUUUGACAAUUGCAUCCCAGGAAUUUGAUAAACAAUGUGUAGAGCUUCUUCAGGGGUUGCUUGAACAUGGUAGGCUUACACUGAAACAAAUGUUUGAUAGAGCUAAAUCAAGCGAAAAAGAAGGAACAUCUGUGGUUCUGGAUUCUGUUCGAGAAUCUCUUUUUAAUCUUGCAACUGCUCAUUACGUUGAGCGCUGCCCAGCCCCUGAACCACUUCUUAUGGCAGCAACAGAAGAAGAAACUCCUACAAGGAAGCGAGGUUCUAAGUCCUCUAAGUUAAUUGAAGAACCAGAAACCAUUGAACAACGAGCUGUAGCAGCAGCAGCACCUGUGGAAGCAUUGAGAUUUUCAGUUAUAAGUACUGAUUCUGAUGUUCACGGGGAAAAAAAUGACAGUAAUUCGACUAGCAUUACUCUUGGAGAGAAGCGCAAGCAUGAUGCUCUGGAGUCAGAUGAAUGUGGGGCCGCGGAUGAACUAACAGUUCUCUACCGUGCCAAUUUUGGGGAAUUCAUUCGUCGUCUUAGGCAUAAGGCUUGCAUCGAAACUGUGAGAGUACGCCUAGAUGAUGGAGCUGCCACUGUUUUAGGUGCAAUGUUGGAGGCAACUAGAAGUGCCGAGCAGAAAGUGAAAACAAGAAAUUCAGUUCCAUUGUCACUGGGUUCUAUUUAUGAAGAGGUAAUAAAGAGUGAAGCAGGUCGUAAUAUGACCCUUGAUCAUGUCAAAGCUUCCCUUAUUCAGUUGGGUCAUCCACCACUUGUGAAAGAAUCCAAUGGUUCAUAUAGCGUUGAAUUUGAGAAAAUUAUUGAACUAGCUCAGAAUGAUGAGAUGGAAUCAGUUGUACUGAAAAAAUAUGGGAGGGAUGCUUAUAGAAUAUUCAGGUUACUGUCAAAGGCCGGUUGCCUACUUGAGACUGACAAGAUUUCAGAUAUCACGUUUGUUGAAAAGAAGGAUACACCAAAGAUUCUUUACAAGAUGUGGAAGGAUGAUUACUUGCAUAUGGAGAAAUUAGUUCUGUCUGGAGCUAGACAAUCUCAGUUCUUGUUGUGGAAGGUCAAUAAGACCAUUCUGUGCCAGUAUGUCCUUGAUGAGAUGUUCCAUGCUGCCUUAAAUUUGAGUCUUAGAUUGGCUUAUGAGCUGGAUCAAGAAAAAGAGGUUAGUUUGUCCUUCAAACCAAUAUAAACAAUACUAAUGUAGAAUUGAAGUCC